GACUGUUUGGGAGGCUGAUUCAAAAUGGAGUAAAAUCCUGCGGCACCUUCUCCAUAGAAUCAGGCUGUUUUCUCCUUCUCGUCGUUUUUCCCGUGAACCAGUUCUCCUCUUUCGGAACAUCUCACCUCCGCGUCAUGUCCGAGGAGAAGACCUCGGGCUCUCUGGGCUUUUUUUCCAGCUACGACGACCUGAGCGACAGCAGCGACUCGGACGAGGAGGAGCGGGGCGGGAGGAAGAAGAAGCCGGGCACCGAGGCUCCGGGCGGGGAAGCCGAGUCGUCGCAGCCCGGCGGAGGGAGAGGGGCGGCCGGCGGGGCUCCGCUGCCCAAACCCGACGAGCUGUUCCGCUCCGUGUCCAAACCCGCGUUCCUCUACAACCCGCUGAACAAGCAGAUCGACUGGGAUAGUCUGAGCGUCAAAGCCCCGGAGGAGCCUGCCAGACAGUUCAAGCCGUGGAAGACAAACGCUGUGCCGCCUCCUGACAGCUACGCUGCAGAGCCAGAGAAGAAGAAGGGACCUCCUCCGGGAAUGGACAUGGCCAUAAAGUGGUCCAACGUGUACGAAGACAACGGGGAGGACGCGCCACAGCCUUUCACCGGCAACGCCCAAUUCUUACCAACAGAGGAGCAGCAGCCAUCAGACUCAGAUGAGGACCCAGACCUAGCAGGCGCCUCUGCCAAGAAGAGGCGAGUGGAGACCUUCAAGCAGAAAGAGAAGAGGAAGAGGGACAUGGGUCAAGCCACCUCAGACAAGAACUUCGUUGAGGAAGAGAAAAGGAUCCUCAGGCAAAAUAUCGACUGAGACCCCAGGCUGCCGGCAACAGGGCACCGUGAUUUAAUCUCUGCAGAGAACAUUCACCAACAUUAGCAAAGUGGUCAAGUAGGAAGCGGACGUUUUACUAUUUUGCAAUAUUAUAGUAUGUUGUUUUGUUUUCAAGUGCGUGGCAGCUCAUUUGAAAGAAAAGCUUUAUAUCCGUGGGAUUUUAGGAUAAACAAGAGUUUAGGAAAGUCUCACUGCAGAAAUCUCAACCUAAGAUCUUAGAUUACGGUAAAUCCCUGUAACUGUUUUCCAAAUAUUUAAAGGUAAAUUCCGGUGUUUUACUGUUGUUUUUAAAUUUUUGACGAGAGUAUACUUCCCGACUCUCUUCCAGAGACACUGAAGCCGUUUUCAGACAUGAACUCUGGAAAACGUCCAAACUAUUGGGUCCGGACUUUCUCCUGAGUUCACCUUUCACACACAAACACAGCAGCAGGAGGUUCUGCUGGAACAUCUCUGUAAUGUCAACUUUCCGCUGUAGAGAUCAUGUUCUUUGGUUUGCACCACAUCGACACACUUACCAACAAAAGCUUCGGAAUCCUGUUGUCUUUCCAAGUCUCUUUUUCUUCCUGAGAUAUUUGUAUCUUUGUGUUUUGUCAGUUUUGUGUUUGUCCUUCGUUAUAAACGUCCUCAACUCGUCCGAUCGCUCGCGGUGAAUCCUCCAGACAAUCUAUUGCUGUAUUCUAACAGACAUCCACUCCAGAGAAUGAAUGCAGCAACUGACUCAGACAUUCGUGUUCUUGCGCACAUUCCCUCUGGAUAAUCUUAGGGGAUUAUCCGGAGUUGAGUGAGUGUCUGAACGCAACUUGAAACAAGGGAUAUCAUCUCAUACAGCUUUACUUCGCUUUACUUCAGAAAGCGUCAUUUACAUUACAGGGUGAAAUUUGACUUGUUUAGUUUUGUCCGAUUUUGCUCUCGUCCCAAAAUGGAAACGCCAGAAGUAAAAAGUGAAACACCUCAGUUGUCCUCAGAAUGAGGCGUUCGGCCCUCCUGCUGUGAUACAUUCAAACUUCAGUGUGGUCAUGUAGGCUUUGUGUCUUUGCUAUUUAAUGACUUAAACAAUGACGUUGCUGUGGUGGUUUCACUUUGCCUGUGAGUUGUCUUGUAUUAUGCAGAGUAUCCACCACUGAACUCUGACCGUGCUUGUGUUGUGUUGAUGCAGUGACUUUCCUUUUAGAAAUGUGAGUGAAAUGACUGUAAAUAUGUGGAAAUUGUCAUUUUUUGCACUGCAGACAUGUUGACUUGUCACAGGAGGAAAUGCAGAGUUGAUAUUAUUAUAAUAACUAAUGACUGUGUUGUGUUUAAGUGGAUCAUGACAGUGUGUCUGAAAUCAUAAUACCAGGGCCUUGAAACCAAAAAAGGAAAUUCAUCCUCUGUUAAUGUUAUUAUUUGUUCCUUGUUUCUCUGCUGUGACGUGUCAAAAUGUCCUCAAUGUAAAAAAAAUAAGACCUUUUCAUUUUUAGAAGCGCAUGUUCUUCCUGCUAAUGGGCACAAGGUGGCGUCCUUGAGCUGAUUUAAUAUCCACUCCCUUCACGUUAGAGAUGAAUUCUGCUGCACUUUGGUUUAAAUGUUGAAAUCACAACCAGGGUCUGUGUGAAAAAAGUGGAAUUCUGACGAAGGGAGUGACGAUCUUCGAUUUGGAAGUUUGUCUCAUCUCAGUUCUCUUGAGAUACUCGAUGCAUUCUGACUGUUUGUUCAGUCUCGUGUAGCUUGUAUUACACACAACACUUUACAUGUGAUCUGAAGAAAUAAAUGAAAAUCAGCUUCGUAUAUAUUUGGUAUUAAUACGGAGGGUUAUUGUAAUACUGUACUGUUUUUAUGUCUCUGCCCACGAGUCUUCUUAUUUUGUGUAAACUGUUGAAUAUGGAGAAUUUUAUAGUUUUGUUUUCAGUGAGAUAUUGUUCAUCAAAAACCACAUAGGCAAUAAAAGAUAUUUUAAUGUC